AUGGUUGAAUGCACAGAUUUAUUUGAAGAGACUUUAAACAGAGAAGUAACUGAAUAUCUUGAACUUACUCCAAUAUAUGACGAAACUACAGAAGGAGAAGACUAUGAGUAUAUAGCAUCUGCAAAGCUUAAGUUUAAAUGUCCAGUCUGUGAAAAUAAAUGGACAACUGCUCAUGGGACAGUUAAAUUCGUUUACUAUUUAUACUUCAAAAAAAGAAUACUCUUUGUCUAGGUAUAUAUUUAUCAGCAAAGAUGCCUGCCUUGCAAUAGAAUGGCUUCAUUUAAGACAUAUGAUGAUGAAGCAGUUAGAUUGUCUUAUGAUUUUGUUGAUUUUAUUGAUAGGAAAUACUUUGGAGGAGAAAAUGAUGAAGAAAGACCUUAAAGAAAUAGUAGAGCAAUCAAUAAUCAUAAAGUACUAUAUUGCGAUGCUUGUGAAAGAGGUAUCUGCGUUUACUUGAGAAGAUUAAGAAGAGAAUAAAGAAGAUAAACCGAAGAAUAAAAAAGAGAAACACAAGAUAUAUCUUGA